AUGGCCACGCUCGAAGACCUCGAGUUUGAGGAUCUCAUCGCCUUCUCCCAUGCCUGGCCGAGGGUCGCCAAUAUCGUCGCCAGUUACGACCUGAUCCGGUUGCGAGAGCUGCAAUGCUUCUUCUCCAAAACCACCUUCCGGAACACGAAGCUCGGCGUCGGAGUCGACGUGUCCAGCCUAGGGAAAAGAUCCAUCGAAUCCGAAUUCGAUCUAAUAUCCCAGGAGGCUUUCAGAGAUCUGGCUAUACGGAACUCCGUCCACAACAUCAGCUUCAAGCACUGGCUGCCACUGCCUUUGUCCCGACGUCAUUGGAAGUCUGUGGAGGGGGAUGUGGCUCCAGUAUUGACGACGCUAUCUACGGAAGCCGGCUUACUGAGCAAGUCUCCCAUUGAGGUUCUUGCCGCCUUUAUGAACGAUAUCGUUGUGCGCCUCAACAUGAUUGAAGCACAUCCUUCCAGGAAGACGCAAUACCACGCAGGGCAGAAGAGCACCUUGCGCCACGCAUCGGAAAAGGCGAUAGAGUCGUACUUUCACCUGUUUCAUCUAAUUCUUUGUCUAGCGACUGAGAACGAAGAGCUAGUCAGUGCUGCCAACUCGAAGAUAACUGGAUUUAUGAAUGGGCAAACGUCCAAGGUCGCCUGCCCAAAUCUCGGCCAUCUACUGGUGUACCUGCUCAUCAGCGACAUCCCAAUAACGGACAUGGUGCGAAAGACCAUCAUUACUGAAGCAAUUACGCGCAACGUCGUCUGGAUGCUAGACAAGCGGGGUGCCAACAUGCCGGAACUGAGCUACCUGGAGCCGGAUAAGGUGUCGCAUUACCGCCUGCGGAAGACCUUCGAGGCCAGUCGCACUUCCUACCGCCUGCUGAUGUUCUCCGAGCUUUUUCGUCGCAUCGCGCGACCCACGAAUGGCAGGAGUCUUGUGAAACUUCGGGAUGAACUAUUCGACCGUCACGGCGCGCCACCCGCCGGCGCUGCCCUCCAUCUGUCGACUGAAGUCCGCCGUCUUCACGACAUAGACAACUUUUGGGAUUUUUUCGUCGAAAUGGGCAUAGAACAGAAGCCGGGCAUCGAAUGGUUUACCGCCCAUCUGCGGGAUUGUAUCAACAACAGUAUGGCCAAGGGGUAUUCGAUAUGGGGCUUAUCUGAAUACACGGCGCUGGCACUCCGAUGCCAACUAGAGCCCACAGUUGGUUUAUACGCCAACUUAUACCCAGGAUAUGCCCCUAGACAUUGGGAACUUCAACAGGCCACAUUCUUUCCGAAUAAGAAGCGUUCGCAGAAACGAUCAAGGAGAUAA